UCCACCCGCCCGGCUCCCGGAAGUGGUUGCUGGGCUGCUCAGAGGCCCUGGUAACGGAGCGAUGGCGUCGGAGCCGCUGCCGGCGCUGCCCGCCCUGCCGCAGCCGUUCCGGCUGAUCCAGCACCACCUGCGCACCGCCCAGGAGCAUGAGAAGCGCGACCCGGUGGUGGCCUAUUUCUGUCGUCUAUAUGCGAUGCAGACUGGAAUGAAAAUUGAUAGUAAAACGCCAGAAUGUCGCAAGUUCUUGGUGAAACUCAUGGAUCAGCUAGAAAUUAUGAGAAAACAGUUGGGUGACAACGAAUCAAUCACUCGAUUGGUGGGGAAUGCCCACAUAGAAAAUUAUGCCUACAAAAUGUUCCUGUAUGCAGAUACUGAAGAUCGUGCAGGAAGAUUUCACAAAAACAUGAUCAAAUCGUUCUACACUGCCAGUCUGUUAUAUGAUGUCCUUACCGUGUUUGGGGAGCUCACUGAAGAGAAUGUUCAACACAGGAAAUAUGCAAAGUGGAAAGCAGCCUAUAUCCACAACUGCUUGAAAAAUGGUGAAACUCCCAAGUCUGGACCGAUAGGGAUGGAAAAAGAAUUUGAGAAUGAGAAUGAGGAAGAUGCUUCUCUCCCACAGUCUUCCCUCUCCAAUGAUCCUGCUGCAGCCAUGCCGUCGGCCGACCUCUCCAACAUUCAGAACCCUACUGCUGAUCACCCUCCGUCAAAUUUCUCGACCAUUCACAUCCCUCCCGGUGCCCAUGCUCCAGCCAAUACCCCAGCUGAAGUGCCCAGCAUCUCAGUAUUGCCCAAUACUCCGACAAUACAGCCAGGGCCACAGAACGUACCAAUAAUUGACCCGUCAUUGUACAGCAUAAAGCCUCAGGGAGAGGUGCGCCUGACCCCAGAAGACUAUGCCAGAGCUCAGAAGUACUGCAAAUAUGCAGGCAGUGCCCUGCAAUAUGAAGACGUAGGGACGGCUGUGCAGAACCUUCAGAAGGCCCUCAAGUUGCUCACCACAGGGAGAGAAUGAGUCCUCUUCUUUGCAGCACCUACCUAUGACAUGCCCUCGCCACUGACCUGAACAACUGAUGAGUGCCCAGCUCCAAUCUGUGUCCCAUAACAAAGAGGCCUGUUGUAACCUCUUCGGCAACCCCUCUCACUUUGGUCUAAAGACUGUGUUCGUAUUUCUGAUCUAGAAGGAAGGAAUGGGCUUUGGGCACCAGGUGUGACUAUUAAGAGCUUGGUUUUAAUAUUGUUUGAAAGGAAAGGGCUCACGUAAUAAUAAUGCUAAAGAAACGUGCGUUGAGUUCUUCAAGUCUGCUGCUUUCUUAGUGAGGUAACUCCCCUGUAAAUGGAUAUUUUAACAAUUGUGUUCCAUUAAGUGACACCCAGGUAGUCAGAUGUGUAACAUUCUCCACAUCCUUAUACAGCAGCUUGUAAACCAAACCCAUCCACCCCUCGACAGGUGUGCUUAGACUCUUGGCCAUGUGUUGUGCAGGUCUGACUACCGCCAGGCUGCAGAGGUCUUUUGUCUUCCUUGGUUACAAGCACACCAAACGGCCACCUCCUCAAGUCAAGCAAAGUGCCCGCAUGGCUGAGUUGAUCCAGCUACGUGCUUGCAAGGGGUCCUAAAUGGAAUACAAUGGCUGUAGAGACAUAUCUCAGACAUUACAUCCACUUUCAACCAAACUUCCUGGAGCCACAAGUUUGAUACUCCCAAAGUCUCAAUGAAUGUCCAAUCUAAAAUAUCCAUUCAGAGGAAUAAUCCAGCUCUAAACUUUAAUAUAACCAGUUGCCAGAAGAGAUGUUCAGUAUGCAUGGAUGAGUAUUGUUAACUUUAUGUCUUGUGAUAAAUUCUUUGUUCGUCUGUUUCUUCUCUGGGAUGAGGUGAGGCAUAUUGCACUGGAUGUGUGUGCAUGUGUGGCUUAACCAAACAUCUAAAAUUACUGAUCUUUAAUUAUUUACACAUUUAAAUAAGCCUGAAACCGAAACAUCGAGUCAACAUAUUAUGCAACAACCUUAACACGGCAUAAUUGUUCUUAAUUUGGCCUUGCAUAACAAAACAGUACUGAUUAAAGCGUCAUUUAUUAUUUGGGAGGAUGGCAAGAGAACUAAAUUGCAUCAUUAGUGAAUCCAUCCUUUCCCCUAUGGUCAACAGCAUCCCCUAGGCCUGAUUUGCAAUUGACGUGAAGCACUCCCACAUGGCACCUUUGGUUCCUUGUACUGAUCAAACUACAAGAUAAAUAAAGUAUGUCUGUAUGA